GAGAGGGAGGGAGGGAGGGGAAGAAGCGCGGCAGACUUGCGGUUUUUGUGCGCUUGCUAGCUUAUUUACGUGGUAAAAUCUAGAAUAGUUGACGCUCAUCAAUGCGGGUUCUAUUCGCCUUGUGUUCCUUCACCGUCUUGUAGGAGGGCUUUCUUCUCUGCUGGAAAGGCGAAAGUUUGACUUCUGCCCUGGAAUUCAGCGCGUACCAUGGCACAAAAUGCUCGGGUGCCCCAAUUUGGAAAGUGGGAGAAUGAUGGCAGUGUUCCCUAUACACAAUAUUUUGAGAAUGCCCGAAAGGGAAAGAAUGCAACAAAGCUGUUCAAUCCAAAUGAUCCCCUUCAAAAUCCAGAAGCGUUUCAACAGGAGGGUCCUCUAAUUCAUACCUAUCCACCAUCUAGUCAAGGAUCGGCAAAGGCGAAACAUGAGCGACGAAAGAGUCGAGAAGAUGCUGACAGGAACCAAGCUUCAAAAUACACGAGUGCAGAAGCCUUGCCAUCUCACAAGCUUGUCUCAGGUUCACCAAACAGGCGUCAUGAUCAAGGAAAUUUGGGUCAUCCCCCUAGGAAGCAAAGUCAGAGUAAUGUCGAAUCUGAUCACAGCACCGACCGCUCUCCUGUUCAUCCUCAUCUUCAUUACAGAUCAUCAAGCAAAGGUACGAUUUCUUCUCCUUCUAGAGAAAGGAGAUCCUCAUCAGAUAAGCAUGGACUUGCUCCCAACACUCCAGGAAGGACUAAAAUGAAGCCUAGUGAUCGCAACGAUUAUUCGGUUGAUAAAGGCUCGGCUGUGCCAAAAUUUGGUGAAUGGGAUGUGAUGGAUCCUGCAUCAGCUGAUAGCUACAGUUACAUAUUUAACCAAGUGAGGGAGGAGAAACAUAGUGGUUCUACUAAGAUCCCUUCGAAUUCCCGUGAGUCAAAAUCCAACGGUCAAAAGAAAAGGGUCAACUCUGAAUCCACGGAUCUGUGCUGCUUCUGUUUCAAAAAGUGAAGGAUGUUGUCUGGAUCAAAGAUUUGUCUUAGUUUGUAAAUAUCUCACAGAAGAUCCGGCUACUGCUUAGUUGCUUUGUUGGAAAAGUUUCAUUCUUCUAGAGUGUGUCACUGUCAGCUGGAAGGAAAAGGCAUCAUCAUAGACUUCAUGCUUUUCUCCCUAAGGUAUGGUUCCCACUGAUAUGAGAGGGCAAUUAAGGAAAAUAGAAAUUUAUUUUGCAUGGUCAAUGUUGCAGCAAUUCACUGGAAGUGUCAGUAUGGAUUUCUAAGAGGUUUGUAGCUCCUAUCUGUUGUCAUAUUUAUUACAGUUCUGAUCUUAUCAAUUUAUUUUUUGAGAAAUGUUGCAUGAUUUGAACAUAUGAAGCCCAAAAUGAAUUCCAAUGAAGUUUUUUCUA